GAUGAGUUUUUUAUCAUGGCAUUUUCAUUGCGGUGUAUACAUUCGAGUUUACGAAUUCUUGACAAAUUGGGAGUUGGACACAUGGGAGUGAGAAGUUUUUACCUAUAUGCUCCCGAACCAUUCCAUCCACUGGCAGAUACAUAUCCUCAGAAGAAAACAGCUGAGGAAGCAGUUCAAGUUAUUCAGUCUGGGCAUAAAGUCUUCAUCCAUGGAGCUGCAGCUACUCCAUUGCCAUUAAUUGAGGCUAUGUGUGACCAUGGAAUGAACUCACGAUUGAAGAAUGUAGAGCUGAUACAUCUCCAUACCGAGGGCGCAGGGAGAUACAAUAAUCCCGAAUUCCAAGGAAUAUUUAGAUCGAAUUCACUCUUCCUUGCUGCUAAUUCUCGUUCUGCAGUGAGUGAAGGUAGAGCUGACAGUACACCUAUAUUUCUCUAUGAGAUACCAUUGUUAUUUCGACUGAAGAAGAUUGAGCUUGACGUAGCUUUGAUAUCAGUAACACCGCCAGAUAAACAUGGAUUCUGUUCCUUAGGACCCAGUGUUGAUUGUACCCGUGCUGCGAUACAGAAUGCCAAGUAUAUCAUCGGUGUCGCCAAUAAACACCUACCGAGAACAAUAGGAGACGGCAUGAUCCACCAGUCGCACUUAGAUGCUAUUGUAGACUGUGACUUCCUUAUUCCAGAACUUUCCAUAAGUAAACCGUCUCAAGAGGAGAAAAAGAUCGGAAGGCUGAUAGCAGAUAAUCUAGUAGAAGAUGGCGCUACGCUACAAAUGGGUAUUGGUUCUAUACCAAACGCAGUUUUAGCGGAACUAAGGGAUCAUAAAGAUUUAGGAGUACAUUCAGAAAUGUUUAGUGAUGGUGUGGUAGACCUAGUAGAAAACGGGAAUAUAACAAAUGCUCUGAAAAACGUACAAACGGGGAAUAUUAUUAGCACAUUUGCUAUUGGAACCAAACGGUUGUACGAGUUCAUGGACGACAAUCCUUUUGUUGAAAUGUGUGAUGUUUCUUUCACAAAUAGUACGGCAGUAAUUUGUCAGAACCCUAAAGUGACCGCCAUUAACUCGUGUAUAGAGGUGGACUUAGGUGGACAAGUCUGCGCUGACUCGAUAGGAGAAAGGAUAUACUCCGGUUUUGGUGGACAGAUUGAUUUUAUCAGUGGAGCUGCAUUAUCCUUAGACGGUAGAGGAAAGCCUAUUAUUGCCAUGACAUCUAGCACCAAGAGAGGAGAGAGUAAAAUUGUUAAUAUGCUGAAAACUGGUAGUGGUGUUGUUACAACAAGAGCGCAUGUCCAUUAUAUUGUGACGGAAUAUGGUAUAGCCUAUUUGUUUGGUAAGAACUUGCGACAACGAGCAUUUGAAUUAAUCAAAAUAGCACAUCCUGAACACAGAGAAAGAUUAGAAAAGGAGGCAUAUGAAAGAAUGAGGUGUAUGCCUUCGCCAUAUUAAGUUAUUUUAUUGCACACUCAAAAACCCGAUGUUUGAAACACUAAUUUAACAAAAACUAUUUGGCAUUAAAAGGUAAUAUGCAAGUGAUUUAGUUCAAAAUAUUAGACGGAUAUUUAAUUCGAAUUUACUGAAAACUCGUCUUUACAUGAGAUGCAUGAUCUAUUUCUCUGUAAUAAAAAAACAAUGCAUUAUUCUCUGCAAAAUGGGAAUGCUUGUUUGGUUUACAUAAGAAAAGGCGCAAUUCAUAAAGUUAGCAUGCUGUUAUCAUUAAGUAUUUGUUAUAAUCUAUUUCCGAAUGUACUUACUGUACAUUUAGAUUUUAAAGUACAGUUUUAUUGUACAUCUCUGUCUAAUGUACCAUCUUAUGUAACUGGCUUGA